CAGCUCGGCCACCACCCCCCCACCCCCUUCCUCGACCAUGUUCUCCCGGAAGAAGCGGGAGCUGAUCAAAACCCCUUCCAUCUCCAAGAAGAGCCGAGCGGGAAGCCCUGUCCCGCAGAGCCUGCCGGACCAUUCCCGCAAGGAUUGCCUGGAGGCGCCGAGCUCCAGCCUCGGGGAGCUGCCCCCUGCCAGCGCCAAGCUCAGCACCAGCCCCAGCGCCGUGGGCACCCUCAAGCGCCCCACCAGCCUCAGCCGCCAUGCCAGCGCCGCAGGCUUCCCCCUCACGGCAGCGGCCCCCAGGGCAGUGCCCAAGGGCCAGAAGCCCCCCAUGUCCUCCAGCCCCUUGGAGGGCGGGGAGGGGCCCUUCAUCGACCCCGAGGACAUCUCCCAGCUCCUCACAGACGUUGCCCGCUUCGCCGACGCCCUGGAGAAGCUGCGGGAUGUGGUGCUGCGGGACGACCCCAAGGGGCCCCCCCAGAGGCCCCUGGCCCACGAGUGCCUGGGUGAAGCCCUGCGCAUCCUGCGCCAGGUCAUCAACAAGUACCCACUGCUCAACACCCUGGAGACCCUGACGGCCGCUGGCACCCUCAUCUCCAAAGUCAAGGGCUUCCACUACGAAGCCGACAAUGAGUCGGACAAGAGGGAGUUCGAGAAGGCCGUGGAGACCAUCGCAGUGUCCUUCAGCAGCACCGUGUCCGAGUUCCUCAUGGGGGAGGUGGACAGCAGCACCAUCCUCUCCAUCCCACUCAGCGACCAGAGCCAGACCAUGGAGAGCCUCUACGGGGGGAUCCCAGGGCCUGGAGGAGUUGGCAUGCCCUCGGGCAUGGGCAGCUAUGCCACAGGCAGAGCUCCUGCAGAGGAGGUGGAUGUGAUGCUGCAGCGCUGCGAAGGAGGAGUUGAUGCUGCCCUCCAGUACACCAAAAACAUCUCCAAGUACAUGAAGGACCUCAUUGGGUACCUGGAGAAAAGGACCACACUGGAGAUGGAGUUUGCCAAAGGGCUUCAGAAGAUGGCAAACAGCUGCAAGCAAACCAUCAGUCAGGAGGCCAAUAUGCCCUUCCUCUCCAUCUACCUGCUGGCCCUGGAGCAGGACAUGGAGCAUGGGACCUCAGUUCUGCAGGCUGCCAACACCCUUCAGAACCAAACCUUCCUGCAGCCCCUCGCGCUCAGACGCCUGGAACACGAGAAGCGGCGGAAGGAGAUCAAGGAGCAGUGGCACCGGGCACAGAGGAAGCUGCAAGAGGCUGAGGUGAACCUGCGCAAGGCCAAGCAGGUGUACAUGCAGCGCAGCGAGGAGCACGACAAGGCCAAGCACAUGGCAGUGAAAGCAGAAGAGGAGCAGCAGAACACCACCAGCAGCACCACCACCAAAACCCUGGACAAGAGGAGGAGGCUGGAAGAGGAAGCCAAGAACAAGGCAGAGGAGGCCAUGGCCACCUACCGGACCUGUGUGGCAGAUGCAAACACCCAGAAGCAGGAGCUGGAGGACACCAAAGUGAACUCCUUGAGGCAGAUCCACGAAGUGAUCAAACAGAGCGACCAGGUCAUCAAGACGGCCACCAUCUCCUUCUACCAGAUCAUGCACAUGCAGACGGCUCCCCUGCCGGUCAACUUCCAGACGCUGUGCGAGAGCAGCAAACUGUACGACCCCGGGCAGCAGUACGCGUCCCAUGUGCGCCAGCUGCAGCGCGGCGAUGAGCCCGACACCACCUACGACUUCGAGCCCUACGUGCCCCACGGCGCCUGGUCUCCCUUCACUCGCGCACGGAAAGGCAGCUUCGGUGCCAACGACCUGGCGGCGGCUGCCAGCCCGGCUGGGGCUGGGGCUGGGGCUGGGGCGCCCAGGGAUGGCAGCGCCUCGGACGGAGCCAGGGAGCAGCAGAGCGGAGCUGAGCGCAGAGGUGGGAGGGGACACCAGGUCCAUAAAUCGUGGCCAACCACUGGUGCUGAAGGUGACAGCAACCUGGAUUCGAGCCCAGGUGAAUUCAGCCACAAACUGCAGCGGCUCUCCUCUAACGGCACCAUGUCCUCCACUGAGGAGCUGGAGGAGAAGGAUGAGCCCAGCACCCCCUUCGAGCAGAGCAUCAAUGGGAUGAGCUCAGAGCUGGCAGCUCCAACAGGGCCCUUCAGAAAUGUUGGCUUGUCCAGGGCUGCUCAGACCCACAGGCUGAGGAAGCUCCGAACCCCUUCCAAGUGCAGGGAGUGCAACAGCUACGUCUACUUCCAGGGAGCAGAGUGUGAGGAGUGCUGCUUGGCCUGCCACAAGAAGUGUCUGGAGACCUUGGCCAUCCAGUGUGGGCACAAGAAGCUGCAGGGGAAGCUGCAGCUCUUUGGGCAGGACUUCACGGCGGCCUCCCGGAGCAGCUCCGAUGGGAUCCCUUUCCUGGUCAGGAAGUGCAUCUCCGAGAUCGAGAAGCGAGCGCUGAAGACCAAGGGCAUCUACAGAGUCAACGGCGUCAAGACCCGGGUGGAGAAGCUCUGCCAGGCCUUUGAGAACGGCAAGGAGCUGGUGGAGCUGUCCCAGGCCUCCCCCCACGACAUCAGCAACGUCCUGAAGCUCUACCUGAGACAGCUGCCGGAGCCCAUCCUGCCCUUCCGAAUGUACAACGAGCUGAUGGGGCUGGCCAAGGAGAGCCUGCAGGGCGCCGAGGCCAAGGGCAGGGCCGGCAAGGGGGCACCGGAGCUGGCGGACAGAGGAGCUGACACCGACCAGGUGGUGCUGAACCUGGUGCUGAGGCUGAGGGAGCUGCUGAAGGAGCUGCCCCGGGAGAACAUGGCCACGCUGCGGUACCUCCUGCAGCACCUCAGGAGGAUCGUGGAAGUGGAGCAGGACAACAAAAUGACCUCGGGCAACCUGGGCAUUGUCUUCGGGCCGACGCUGCUGCGCCCCAGGCCCACGGACGCCACAGUCUCCCUCUCCUCGCUGGUGGAUUACCCCCACCAGGCUCGCAUCGUCGAGGCUCUCAUCAUCUUCUACUGCACCAUCUUUGAGGAGGAGCCCACGGCCCCGGCCCAGCCCAGCAAGCACCCCACGGGCAGCAAGGAGGAGGCAGCAGCCAGCUCGGACCUGGCCAGCCCAGGCUGCCAGCCCGCAGCUGCUGCCGGCAGCAUCUCCUACCUGGAGCUGCCUUCGGACAAGGACACUUUGGGUUUCGGCGCCGAUUGCUUCGCAGAGCCUGGCGACCGCUCGGUCGACUCCGACUCGGAGCUGGAGGACGGCGCAGAGCUGCUGGGGGCAGCCCCCCGAGGGCAGCUGGCGAAGCAGGGGAGCGAGACCAGCACGGACGAGGCUCAGUUCUGCGACGAGAGCAGCGAGGGGCAGCGGAGCCGCAGCUGCAGCGUGGGGCAGUCCGACACGGAGGGUCCCGCUCCACGCUGCGGCAGCCCCCCCGCGGAGGAGCAGAGCGAUGCCGAGUGACGGCCCCGGAGCCACCUGCCCGCUGCUGGCACCGCCUCUGCCAGCCCAGCCCCGCAGCCGUGCCUGCUGCUGGCACAGACUGUGCCCCACGGCCAUGCCCACCACUGGCACAGACUGUGCCCCACAGCCAUGCCCGCCGCUGGCAUGGACUGAGAUAAGCCAACCCCAUAGCCGCACCCACUGCUGGCACAGACUGUGCCAGGCUGACCCCACAGCCAUGCCCACUGCUGCCCGGUGCCUGCCAGCAGCCCUGCCUGAUCUAAACCACCAAACAAAAGUCCCACAGCGACAGGGCAAAGGGGCAAACCCCAAACCCUGCCUGGGCACAGGCAGUGCCAAGGGGUGGGCAGGAACACGGAGCCGUGGGCAGCUCGGGGUGGGGGGCGUUGGUGUGACAGCUGCAGGCGAGUCCUGGCGGCUCCCUGCCUGCAGCCUUCCCAAUCCAGAGCCCUGCAGCCCCUCAGCCCCCAGCGGGGAGCUCAGUUGGGUGCACAGAGGCUGUCCCCGGGGGCAGAGCCUUUGUUUGCUGUUCCAGCCCGGGAAGGACCCCCCCGGGGCUUCGCUGUGCCCAGCCACAGGUUUCCUUUCUGCCUCUCUCCCCACACCUCUGCUUCAGGAGCGGGGCUGGGGCAGGCCACAGAGGCUGAUUGAGCUCCUUGGCCGCUGGGAGGUGGCACAGCAAGUCCCCAGCAGUGGGCAGGCUCAGGGCACUGCAGCCAGGCGUGGGCACGCAGGGGCAGGGGGGCAGUGCCAAGCACCACACAGGCUGUGCCUGGAGCUAGCUGGGAUGGGGACACGGCCAGAGGAACUUCGGGUUUGGCAGAGCUGGGGAGAAGCCACCCCUGAGAGUCAGCUUUGGCUUGAGGGCUGUGGCUGCA